AUGGUUGGUGGGUGGAUUGCUGGCGAGGUGUUCGCACAGGCGCUGCGUAAUUGUAGAGGGGCGAGGGAUCGCUGGUGGUUCAUGAAGUGUAUCUUCAACCAACGCCGGUAUUUAGUCGACGAUCUUGUGUUCGGCGACUACGGUGGGGAUUGCAAUAGUAUGGCGGAAUCACAAGGGGCCGUCUGCAACUGCAACCAAGGCGGCAACGCUGUGUACAUGAAGAAGUACGUGGAGGACUACCGUGCACAGGUAGCUAGUGAGGGGUUUAUGACGUUUCAAGCUGUCAGAUUGUCGCGCUUCAAUGAUAAGUGUGCCGCCGGUGUUGCUUGGGGCGAUGUUUCGUAUGAGUGA